AUGCCAAACACCACUCUUCUUACUGCCACAGGCUAUGGCUCUUUCUUGCUCGCCGUUGGACACGCACUUUCGGGCCAGGACUUCCUGAAGCUUGCACAAUUCAAAGCGCUCCCGGGCAUUGCUUUCACCUGUAGCACCGUUGGAUGGUACCAGGGAAGUGCCUACUUGGUUCUGACGGGCUUGCUCAACCUCCACUGGGCGUCCAAGCCAGGAGAUCUAGAUGAGUCCCUGAAUCGUGCAAUGGCUGCUGUGAUUGUUGCCAUCGCGUGGGGUAGCUCAGCGUGGUACUUCCGAGGAGGAAUGAAGGAGAAUGGAUUUAUCACUGCUGCUGCUGGCAUCAUUCAAGGCUUGGCGGCCCUUCACUAG